AUGGAGGUUUUUCUUCCCAAAGAAGCUUUUUCCUAUGGAAUAGCUACUGUCAGUAUAAUUGUCAUUUAUGCUGUUACUCUUGUGCUGCAUCGUCUUUAUUUUUCCCCCAUUGCAAACUUUCCCGGCCCGAAGUUGGCCGCAAGUACAAGCUGGUAUGAGAUCUACUACGACGUUGUCAAGAAGGGGAAAUAUCUGUUUGAGAUUGAGGAGAUGCAUAAUGAAUAUGGGCCGAUUGUGAGGAUUAAUCCGCACGAGCUUUCAAUUCGCGACAACGAGUUUUACGACAAGCUCUACGUAAUAGGAUCUGUUCGGCCAUCAGACAGAUAUGAGGGGUUUGUCGACGGUGUCGUUGACUUUGAAGGGUCUCAUCUUGCCACGAUAGGCCACGACCUUCAUCGCAAGAGAAGAAAGCCCCUUGAGCCGUAUUUCUCUCGCAUCGGCGUCACAAAGCUGGAGCCCAUGGUGGCAGAAGUAUGUAAAAGUCUGGUUGUUGAUCGCUUUGACAGCUUCAGGGGAAGUGGCAAGGUGGUGCGACUGAAUCACGCCUUCACUGCGUUCUCGGGGGACGUGAUCCGCAGGCUUUGUAUGGACGAUCCGCCCAGUUUCGUGGACGAUACGGACUUCUCUCCAGAGUGGUUUAAUCUUUUUCAUGAUGGAAUCGUAUCAUUACCGCUGCUCAUGGGCCUGCCUUGGCUGAUUCAUCUCAUCCGUCUUAUUCCUGAAAGAAUCCUCGUGAAGCUGAACCCCAAAAGCCAGACAUUCAACAAGUUUAAGCUGAUGUGUCAAGGCCACAUCAGAGAUGCGAAGAAUGAGAAGGCUGCUGUGGGCUCAAAGAGCACCCUGACAGCUGGCACAAGUGAUACAUUGUUUCGGUAUCUGGUCAAUAGUAACCUUCCGCCGUCUGAGCUCGCGGAAGAGCGUCUGCUGAGGGAGGCGCAGGUUCUCAUUGGUACCGGAACUAUAACCACAGCCGGGACAAUGGGUUUCCUCUGCUACUACAUCAUGGCCAAUCCAGCAAUCAGAAAACGCCUAACAGCGGAGUUGGCUGAAGUCAUGAAGGGUUAUCCAGAGAAAAAGCCGACUUGGGCCGAGCUGGAAAAGGUGGAAUAUUUACAGGCAUUAAUCAAGGAGGGUCUUCGUCUUAGUUACGGCACAAUGCACCGCCGUCCUCGCGUUUCGCCCAAGAAACCUCUCGUUUUUAGGGAAUGGGUGAUCCCCGCCGGAGUUCCUGUCGGCAUGUCGGCGUACUUCCAACACCGUGAUCCAGUUGUGUUCCCGAGGCCGGCGGACUUUCUCCCUGAGAGGUGGUUAGGAAACCCCACACCAGAGAUGCAGCACAAUUUUAUCCCGUUCUCGAGGGGAUCACGAUAUUGUCUGGGGAUGAAUCUGGCGUAUUGUGAAAUCAACUUUCUCCUCGCCGCGCUUUUUCGCCCUGGGGCUGCUGAAUUUGAUCUCUAUGAGACGGAUGAGUCUGACGUGAAGAUGAUACACGACCUUAUAGUACCUUUGCCAAAGCUUGGCACAAAGGGCGUCCAGAUUAUUUUUCGGUAG